AUGCUGCGGUACUCCCACCGUAACUUUGUGAACAAGACCGACUACACCCUCACCUUCAGGCUGUAUGAUACCCGCAAUGCUCCUGAUCCUGAUAUUUAUGAUGCGAAGGUGCAGAGGUUAAUGCAGAAUCUAUCGUCCACUGCCGGUGCAUCUGAGAAGAGAUAUGCAGUGGGAAGAACAACAGCACCAGAAAACUUCACCCUCUAUGGCUAUGUUGAUUGCACCCGUGACAUCGAUGGAGAUAGUUGUAAGGGAUGCCUAUUGGCAACAACAAGUGCCAUAGACACCUGCUGUUUAGGGCAAUGGGCGGGUUGGCUUGCUACACCAACAUGCAAUAUCCAGUUCAAUAUGGACCCAGUGCAUGAGGACUGGGUCAAUGGCCCGUAUAUCAACACAGAUAUCACUCCGUCAUCAACACUGGCGCCGCUACCAGUGGCAGAGAAUGAUGCUGGAAGUCGUAGUCUGGUAAUUAAAAUUUCUGUUGCUCUAACAGUUGGAACAGUUGUUUUGGCAGUUCUGGUACUGUGUGCUGUGAAGUGGAGGAAAAGAGAUGAAGUGGAGACCGGAGGCUCUGAAAUUAUAGAAGACAAUGAGGAAAUGAGUGAGGGAAUUGGCAAGAGAUCUUUCAUGUAUGAUUUGGAAGUUUUGGUUGCUGCAACUGGUAAUUUUUGUUUGGCAAAUCGGCUGGGUGCUGGUGGGUUUGGGACUGUUUAUAAGGGAAUGAUGGCAGAUGGUGAAGAAAUAGCAGUGAAGAAGCUGGCACCUGGUUCGACACAAGGCAGAGAAGAAUUCUCCAAUGAAGUCAGACUAUUAUUGAAGUUGCAACACAGAAAUCUUGUACGGCUGUUUGGGUGCUGUGUUGAAGGAGAAAAUAGGCUGUUAGUUUACGAAUACCUACAGAACAAGAGUCUUGACCACUUCAUCUUUGAUAAGAGCAAGAGUGCAUUGCUAGACUGGCCAAAGCGUUAUAACAUCAUAAUAGGUGUGGCACGGGGGCUUCUUUACCUUCAUGAAGAUUCACAACUUAGAAUCAUACAUAGAGAUAUCAAAGCAAGCAACAUCUUACUCGAUGAGUUGAUGAAUCCAAAAAUAUCGGAUUUUGGUCUGGCAAAGCUAUUUAAGGAUGAACAAACCCAUCAUAGAACACGACGGAUUGUGGGAAUAUUUGGUUAUAUGGCUCCAGAAUAUGCAACCAGAGGCUUCAUGUCUUCCAAGAUUGAUGUCUUUAGCUUUGGUGUGUUGAUAUUAGAAAUCAUAAGUGGAAGAAGGAAUUAUGACAUGGAAUUUGAUGAGCAAGACUGGGAGCUCCUGAAACUAGCAUGGAGACUAGAAGAAGAAGGGCAGCUAACAGAUUUGGUAGAUGUCACUAUUGGUUCUUUCCCUCAAGAUCAAGUAUUAAAAUGCAUUCGCAUUGGGUUAUUGUGCUGCCAACAAUCUAUACGAGAUCGGCCAACCAUGUCUUCUACAGUUUUAAUGCUCUCAAAUGAUUCAGUAACAAUGCCAAUUGAAGGAACACAUGGCUACCAGAAUAUACGUGACCCUGUUGAUCCACACAACAACAUCAAUGCUCUUGCAAACCCUGAAAAUGAGUCUUUCUCUAAGAAUUCUAUUACUUUUUCAUCAGCAAAAGCUGAUAGUGGGCCUUACUAUAAAUCAAUGGUUGAUACCAUAGCAGAAGCAGGUCCAGGCAUCAAGGGUCCCAUUGGAUACCAAAUUGGAAAUACAUAUUUGGAAGAGGAGGUGCAAGAGCUUGAGACAACAGACUACAUAUUUUCCCUUAUGGAUAAAGUUGUAGAGGAGGUUGGGGAAGAAAAUGUUGUUCAAGUAGUCAUUGAUAAUGAGGUAAGUUUUAAAGCAGACGGUAGAGAAACAGUUCAUGAAGAUGAUGGUACUACAAAUCGUAAAGUUAGCAGGCGUACAAGUAAUGCUACACAAGAAAGAGAUGUUGAUUCCCACCGUAAAGGUAAGGCUCCUAGAAAAAUUUCUUCAAGUUCUAGUAGUGAUGAUAAUGACAAUGGGGGCAGUAGGCGGGGUAGUGGCACUAAUGGGGGUAGUAGAGGAGUUGGUGGCACUGGUGAGGGUACUGGAGGAGAUGGUAGCACUGGGGGCGGUUAUGUUAGUCAAGUAGAUCUUGGCAUGUUGUGGGCACAAGGAGGUGAAAAUUACUAUGCCACACAAGAUGCAGAUCAUGGAUAUCGACCAAGGACAUGGGAAUAA